GCCCAUCUAGAAGCUAAAAAGAGCCGCCGUUGACUGCAUCCGUCCUGAUCCCCGGGCACUCGUCGCCGGCGUCCUCCUCCCUUCUCGUCGCCGGGCCAGGUGCUGGGUUCACGCCGCCGCCACAGCCCAGCUACUCCGCGGUCUUCCGGCCGGACAGCCGUCCUCCAAGGCAGAUCAUGCCGCUAGGGCGCUAGCGUUCAGAUCGACGACGCGGAGGAAUAAAAUCCACUCUUCAUUGUUGCCUUGUCGCCUGUCGGUGCGCUCGGCCUGCGCUGCUCUGGGCUUGUCGAACGGCCAUGCUGGUGGCUCUGGCUCCGGUAACCGAGCGAGCUCCGAGUUGCUGCUACUAGCCAAGGUAAAAUCCAGGUUCCGCGGCAGGAUUCCCGUAGGGAGGGAAGAAGUCAAUCUUUGCACUCCAUUCGCUAUGAGCAUAUCAAGGGCCAUUGGGUUAAUUAGUGGCAUCAAUGAAUUCGUCAACUUUUUUCAGUGGACUGCAUCUGCUAUUUCAUCUCUGCGCUCCCGGUUCUCUGCAACGCAGGAGAAAAAUAUUCAAGAUGAAGUGUCGCAUUUGCAAAGAAGCUUACAACGUCUCAGGAAUACUCUUCCUGCAAUGUAUGGCCUUAUUGACCGAGCAGAGUGGAGGAGUCACACAAACUGUGUGGCUGAGCUCCUUCCUAUACUCAAAGAUGCUGUCUAUGAUGCUGAUGACAUUCUUGAUGAGUUCAGAUGGCACGAGCUGAAUGUGGCAGGACAGGGCAACGCAACUCACUCUGCUUUUGCUGACUUCUAUAAAACCACAAUUCAAGGAAGCUUCAACGAAGUGAAUGAUAUCCAAGAGAGGCUGGAUGACAUUUCUAGUAAGUUCAGUCACAUUUCCGGGUUGCAUGAAGUGGCACCAGGGUUCGACAAAUCAGUCAGGCCAGAUACUAUCUCUUCAACGACUAAAGAAAUGUUUGGUCGUGACAGGGAUCUGAAGCAGGUGAUGGGAUUGCUCGGUGUACCUCAAAAUAACAAAGGGGGACGCCAAAAACGCAAGAGAGCAAGUAGCACACUCAAUGAAUCAACAAGCAACCAAGUUAGUAAUGAAUCAAGAGCACAAGCUAUUCCUGUUUUGCCAAUAGUAGGAAUGGGAGGCAUUGGAAAGACAACUUUGGCCCAACAUAUAUGCAAUCAUCGACAAGUGAAGUCUUACUUUGAUUUGGUAAUUUGGAUUUGUGCAGAUGACUUUGAUGUAAAGAGAUUAACAAAUGAUGUCAUACAAUCAUCAUCCGGAAAACAGGCAAAUGUUGAUCAUUUAGAUUCCCUUCAGCGUGCUCUUUCUGAGAAUUUGAGCAAUAAGAGGUUCUUGAUUGUAGUUGAUGACGUGUGGGAUGAUGCCUUGAAGGAAAAUGGGCAGCGCUGGGAGAAGUUUUGUGCACCUUUCAGAAAUGUGGUACAUGGAAGUAUGAUGCUUGUUACCACAAGAUCUCCAGAAGUUGCUGAUGGAGUGCGCACAAUGGAGCCGUUCCUGUUAGAUGGUUUGACAGAUGGUGUACUUUGGGAUUUCUUCGAACUCUGCGCUUUUGGGGCUAAGGCUUCUAACAGUAGUCCUGAUUUAGAGCGGAUUGGUAGAAGCAUACUUCCUAAGUUGAAGGGUUCUCCUUUGGCUGCCAUAACUCUUGGACGACUGCUAAGAAUGAACCUUGAUACAUCACACUGGAAAAAUAUACUAGAGAGUGAACUCUGGGAGUUGAAACAAAACGAGACUGAUAUUUUGCCGGCACUUCGGUUGAGCUACAUGUAUUUGCCAUUCCAUUUGAAAAGAUGCUUCUCAUUCUGUGCCGUGUACCCGAAAGAUCACAAAUUCGAAAAGGAUCGUUUGGCUGAAAUCUGGGUAGCAGAAGGCUUUGUGGAACCUCAAGGUGGCACCCCACUUAUAGAUAUUGCCUCUCAAUACUUUCAAGACCUUUUCAACCGGUCGUUCUUCCAAAAAGUCGCUGGUUCGCAUGUAAUGCAUGACUUGCUACAUGACAUGGCACAACUAGUUUCAGUUCAUGACUGCUUCAUCAUAAAAAGUGUGGGUGACUUUGAUAAUGUUCCUCAGAAUAUACGUCAUCUGUAUGUACUCCCUAACAAAGACUUCGACAUUUCCCACUUGUUGAGCCUAUGUAAGCACACAAUGCUUCGUACCAUACUUUGCAAGUUCUAUGUGAAGAAGGAUAGUGUAGAUUUUGUAAUUGACAGAUGGUUUGGUGAACUUAAGCGUAUGCGUGUGCUUCUUUGUGCCUCCAUAAAUAAGUUACCAGAUAGUGUUGGCAACCUAAAGCAUCUUCGGUACCUUGAGAUCACCAGAACAUGUCCUUUGAGCAGCAUUCCUUCAGAAUUCUGUUGCCUCCAUAACCUGCAGAGAGUAUAUGCUGAGAAGUGCAACAUAAAUAGUUUUCCCAAUGACUUCAAUAAGUUGAUCCAUUUGCAGAGAUUUGAAUCAAUAGGGAUUCAAUAUCCAAUGAGUCAUCUAGAUCUUGAUGCAGCUUAUGGGCGUGGACCAGGUAUUAGAGUGAUAAAGAACAUGAACCAGCUUCGUGAUCUGAGAAUAUAUAACCUUGGUGCUAUAAGCAAGGAGGAGGCAGCAGAAGCCAAACUGAAGAAUAAGAAAUAUCUCUACAGACUCCAGCUGGAUUGGUCUUCCUCAAGGACCUCGAUUCCGAAUCACAGUGGGACAGAGGUGUUUGAAGUCCUGCAACCUUCUACCAGUCUAGUAGAUCUGCUUAUUUCAGGUUAUCCAGGUGUCUCUCUUCCAAGCUGGUUCCAGCCACAGAAUUUCCCCAGGUUAGCAAGGUUGAGCUUUGAAAAUUGUGACAGGCUCAAGAACUCAGCUCGGACAUUUUCCAGGGUCUCACAGAACAUAAAUGUAAAUGAGACAAUUGAGAGCAAUGAUGCCAUCGUUGGUACUUUGUCCUCCUUGAGAGACUUAACCAUUUCCGGAUGCGGAAAUAUAGUAAGCCUCCACGAUUUUCUGGAUCCAGCUUCAGUAUCAACCAUCAGGAAAAUAAAAAUUGAUGGUUGCGCGAGUUUAGUAUCAGUAGCAACUGGCAGUGCAUGCCUUGAAGAAUUGGAGGUGGUUGAUUGUCCAAAUAUGUGCUCCCAGCAUUUUGUGGAGCCCUACCUCAGGCACCUCAAGGUGUUCAAUUCUGGGAAUCUUGCACACAACAUCGACUGCUGCUCGCUCACCGACUUUCAAUUCUCCAGCAACUGUGACACCAUCACACUGAGUGUUCCAGCUCUAGGGGUGUUGCGUAUUUUAAAUUGCACACAUCUUAGAUCAAUUAGAACUAGUGGCAUUGGAGCAUUCCAAUCUCUUGUUUACAUCACUAUCGACGGUUGUGUAGAACUGCCAACCCUUGAUGGCUUCCUAACUGCAGAUCUACCUGCUGUUGAGGAAAUUACUAUUUCACGAUGCCCUGAGCUACUGUCUCUGCCCAGUGAAUUCAGGAGUUUUCAUUCUCUCGAGAAGUUUAAAGUUCACUGGUGCCCCCGUGUGAACUGGCAGAGGGGAUUGGUGUUACCAGCAUCCCUCCAGGAACUCUCCUUCUGCGAUUGUGGGGAUAUCUCCAUAGUGUUUCCCAGCUGCUUGCAUAACUUAGCGUCCCUCGUUUCACUGCAUAUUCAUGAUUGUCAGAGUAUAAGGUCCAUUCCAGGUUACGUUUGGCAGAGUAAUCUCCAAUCACUGAAGAGAUUAACUAUUAUUAGUUGUCCAAACCUUGAGUCAAUUGGUGGCGAAGAGGCCGUUGCGAAAAUAGAGCACCUGGAUGUUAUAUUUUGUCUUAAGAUGGGGAACAUACCCAGAAUCGCUCCAUCCCAACUGGAGAGUUGAGCCACUCUUUCCCCAAGUUUAUUGAUCCAUACGUUGAUUGCUUUCUUCUUUAUGUAAAACGAUAACCUGAAGACGUACUGGAAGAGAUGGCAGUUUCCUGAUCCCUGAACCCAAUAAACUACAAGGCAUAUUCUCCUCUUACUGGAAGAAAAGGAACUCUCUAUAAUUCUUCAUAGUUUUGUGGAUAACCAUCAGCUCCCCGUUCUGAAGAUGGUCACCUGUUUCAAAUUAAUUUAGUGCAGCUUGCGAGUUGCCACUGAACGAGCUUCACAUGGAAAUUCUAUAUACUAUGUCAAAUAAGUGAAUUACCUACUUCAUAUGUAUUGGUCAAUCAAAUUGUACUGCCAUUUAACCAUAAUAUCCUGUUGGGUGGAAUUUUCAUAUUUUAUCCUUGCAAGUCUAGCAGUUUUUAUUUGGUGAUUUGUACUUUUCAUGCCGUAUGUAUUCCUCAAUCAAAUUGUAUUGUUAUUCAAUCAGAACAUCCUCUUGCAGGGAGUACUUUUCGUAUGUUACCUUCCUGCAAGUCUGUUUUAAUUUUGUGUGGAAGUCUCCCAAUGUUUGGAUCAAUUUUGAAUAUGCAGCAUAACAUAUGUGAAGGAAGGCGCCGCACAAGGACGACAACAACAGAGGAAAAACUGUCAGUAAGCAGUUUGUAGCACACAACAAAGGUAAGCAACCAACAAGUC